CCCUAAACCCCCAAGUUCCCUUUAACCCUCUCCAAACUCCUCUCAUUUCCUUCUCUAUAAUAUGACCACCAAUCCCUCACAAUUCCCUGACAUGACUGCAAUCGACAACAACGACAACGACGACUCCCAAUUCCCUCUUCCAGGGUUUCGCUUCCACCCAACAGACGAAGAGCUAGUCAACUUCUACCUCCGUCGUAAGGUUCACAACAAGCCCCUCCCCAUCGAACUCAUCAAACAAAUCGACAUCUACAAAUACAGCCCAUGGGACCUUCCUCAUGCGAGUAAUAGUGGGACGUUAGGGGAAAAAGAAUGGUACUUCUUUUGCAAAAGAGGGAGGAAGUAUAAGAAUAGUGUGAGGCCAAAUAGAGUAACGGGAUGUGGAUUUUGGAAAGCAACAGGAAUUGAUAAACCAAUUUAUAGUAAUGAUCGUUGUGUUCUUGUUGGGUUGAAGAAGACACUUGUUUAUUACCGUGGAUCUGCGGGUAGAGGAACUAAAACCGAGUGGAUGAUGAAUGAAUUCCGUCUUCCUUCUUCUUCUUCUUCCUCCCCCUACUCCUCGGAUCCCUUUCGCAGAAAUAUUAUCAAAAAUAACCUCCAUGAAGCUGAAAUUUGGACUUUGUGUCGAAUUUUCAAAAGAAACAUCUCCACUAAAAAGGCUAUUAAUGCACCAAACUGGAGGGAGGUUCCAUCAGCCAAAAUUAGCCGAGCAGUAGAGAACAUGAACUUUAGGGCAACCAAAAAUAUCGAUAUCGAUCGAUAUUCCGAUGACAACGAACAAAGUAGCUACAUAAGUUUCACCUCUAACAAUUCAUUUAUCAACUUUGAUCAUAUGAACGAUGUUCAAAAUUUUCAUCAGAGUCAGAUGUCUCAUGACAGCCAAAUGAUGACAAAUUUUUGUAGCUUGACUGAUCAGCAUUCAUCGGCAGAUCAUAAUUCAUCGGCAAAUGUGUCGCCAUCGUCGUCAAGUUUCUCGGAUUUUGAUGAGGAUGCUUCUGAUUUGUUUGGUUAUGAAAAAUGGGAAGAACUCAAAUCAAUUUUGGAGUGUGAUUUUGAUUCAUUGAAUCAGUUUUAAAAUGGAGUUUAGUGUUUAUAAUAUGCAAAUUUGAGUCAAACAUUCAAUUUUAUCCAUUGAAAUCAUUAUCUUUACUUGUAAGAAUGAAAUCAAUUGUGAUACUACAUUUGAAGUUAAUAAACCAUAUGUAAUAUAGCUUUCAUUAUUUUGUA